CGCAAACUUGUUCUGUGUGUUUAUAUGCUGGCAAAAUCGAUUUUCUCAGUUAUGAUUGUUCGGUUUUGGUGUUGAAAAUAUAAUAUGACAGCUUCGUAUACAGAGAUAUUUUUCGCUCUGUGUAUAUUAAUUUUACCUUUUUUCUACGAGUCUAGUCAUGUGUUUAGAUACAACUUAAAAUUCUUUCUGUAUUAUGCCAUUGUUAUGGUUAAUUCUGUCAUAUUAAUACCGGUGUUUUGUUUUAAGCCGAAAGAUGUGAAAAAUUUAUUGCGUGCAUCGACUUUUUGUCGUGUAAUAUCCACUUUAAUUGGAAUAAGAUGGAUAGUAAAAGGCCAACAACAUUUGAAAAAAGAUCAAUCCUGUGUAAUUGUUGCUAAUCAUCAAAGCUCCUUAGAUAUUUUAGGAAUGUUUGAGUUAUGGCCUCAUAUGAAUAAAUGCACAGUAAUUGCAAAAAAGGAAUUAUUUUACAUGUGGCCUUUUGGAUUAGCAGCAUGGUUAUGUGGACUUAUAUUUAUUCCCAGAGUACAAAAAGAUAAAGCAAAAUUAGUAAUGAAUAAGGCAGCUGAAAAAAUAAAAGAAGAUAAGACAAAAUUAUGGGUAUUUCCUGAGGGUACACGAAGAAACACUGGAGAAGUUCACCCAUUUAAAAAGGGUGCAUUUCAUUUGGCAAUCACAUCGCAACUUCCUAUUUUGCCAGUGGUUUAUAGCAAGUAUUAUUUCUUAAAUAAAAAACUAAGAAAAUUUGACCAUGGUAAAGUCGUCAUUACCGCAUUACCAAUCAUAGACACGAAAGGAAUGACACUAGACGAUAUCGACAGAUUAAUGAAAGAUGUAAGGGAAAAAAUGACGACUACUUUCUACGAAAACAAUAAAUUUAUAGGGGAAUCCCUAAAACCUUUGGAUUCUUAUUAAUUUAGUCUAUUAAUUUUAUCUUAUAUGCAAAAUUAUUUUUAUAAUAAUAUUAUGAGAAAUUCAAUGAUCCC